UGGCCGCUCACGGCGCCAGGCACAGGGAUUGGGCAGAGGAGGCUGUGACGAAAACUGGACCCUGCCCUGUAAAGAAGGGAGGAGAGAAAGAAGAGAGAAGGGGGGCCUCUCGCGGAGGGGAGAAGGUUGAGGAGGCGGGGUCCCGGCGCUGUGCUCGCGCCCCUAGCGCGCCAGUCCCGGGGCUGCAGGGAGCGCAGCGCGCGCGGCCCGGGCCCCGGCCACCGGACGCCCUACCGGACACGACCGUCCCUGGAGCUUGGACAACUGCCCACCUCGGACACUGCACCGGACACUGCCCCCCACAGGGCUGGACACUACAACGGACACUACUUCUCAGCUCAGGACAUUGCUCCCUGCUUUCCCCCCUACCCCCGCCACCCGGGCCCUGGACGCUUUCCCCCCUCCCCCUCCGGGGGCCCAGACACUGAGCCCCCCGCAGGCUCUAGCUAACGACCCCUUGCACCCCAAAGCUAGACACUGCCUCCUCCCUGUCCACCUCUCUCUUCCCCUCCUCCCGUCUCCUCUUUCACUCGCUUGCGUCUGAGCCCCGCCAGUUUCCCCGACCCCCUGCAGCUCGGCCCCUGCUGCCCGCACCCCCAUCCCCCGGCUACUCGCCCGGAUGCCUCUUCCCGGGGGAUUGUGGUGGCUGCUCUGCUGCCGUCGAGGCUUUACUCUUCUGCACCGGGACUACGGGGACGGCGAGUUUAGCGGGGACGGGGACGAGGACGAGGACGAGGAGACCUUUGAGCUACGGACCCCGAGUCCAGCGGGCGGCGGGAGGAGGGGCCCCUUGGAUGUGACACUGACUCAGCCUGUGAGGAGCGGACAGGUCUUAGACAGGCUGCAGAGCUGGGAGGAGACGCGGAGCCUCAUCCCAGAGAAGGGGGCGCCGGAGGACGACCCGGACGUUGUCGUGAAAGGUUGGUUGUACCGCGAGCCCCGAGGAGGAGGGGCGCGGCCCUGGCUGCCCCCGCGCCGGGCCUGGUUCGUGCUCACCCGGGACUCCCUGGACCAGUUCAGCAGCAGCGGGAAGGGGGCGCGGCGCCUCGGGAGCCUCGUGCUUACCAGCCUGUGUUCGGUGACUGGCCCGGAGCGCAGGCCUAAGGAAACCGGUCUGUGGUCAGUGACCGUGUCUGGCCGGAAGCACAGCGUCCGGCUUUGCUCCCCGCGUCAGGCCGAGGCGGAGCGCUGGGGCGUGGUGCUGCGCGAAGUGAUAGCCUCCAAGGCGCCGCUGGAGACCCCCACCCAGCUGCUGCUCAGGGACAUUCAGGAGAGUUGUGGGGACCCGGAGGCCAUAGCCCUUAUUUACUGCCGGAACCCGAUUCUGAGGCACACCAGUGGGGCCUUGUAUGCCCCACUCCUGCCCCUGCCCUACGGAGUCAGCGCCCCAGGUCCAGGCUACGCACCCUUGCGCGAGGAGGCGGUGAGGCUGUUCCUGGCGCUGCAGGCGCUGGAGGGGGCGCGGCGCCCCGGGCCCCUGAUGCAGGGUGUGCUCCAGACCUGCCGGGACCUGCCCGCGCUGCGCGACGAACUCUUCCUGCAGCUGGCUAAGCAGACCUCGGGCCCCGCGGGUCCGCCCGGGCCCCCGGCUACCCAAGACCCCGCGGCUCUGCGGUACUGGCAGCUCCUCACCUGCAUGAGCUGCACCUUCCGGCCUGGGGUAGCCGUAAGGGGGCACCUCCUGGGGCAUCUGGAGAGGACUGAGCAGGCGCUCCCGGACUCAGAGCUGGCAGAAUACGCACGUUUCAUCCGGAAAGCGCUGGGCCGAACUAGCGGCCGAGAGCUGGUGCCAUCUCUGGCAGAGAUUUCCGCGCUGAGCCGACGGCAGGAGCUGUUGUGCACCGUACACUGUCCGGGGGCUGGUGCCUGCCCUGUGGCCAUAGAUUCCCACACCACGGCAGGGGAGGUUGCUCGAGAGCUGGUGGGGCGGCUGGGCUUGGCGCGCAGCCGAAACUCAUUCGCGCUGUAUGAGCAGCGAGGGGCCCAGGAGCGAGCCCUGGCUGGGGGCACUCUCGUGGCUGAUGUGCUCACCAGGUUUGAGAAUUUGGCGGCGGAAGAAGUUGGGCUGGAGGACUCGCCGGACUCCGGUUGGAGACUCUGUCUGCGUCUUCACGGACCUCUGCACCCUGAGGGGCUGUCCCCAGACGGUCAUGAACUGCCUUUCCUCUUUGAGCAAGCUCACGCUCUGCUGCUGCGCGGCCGGCCGCCCCCGCCCGACGACACGCUGCGCGCCCUGGCGGCGCUGCGCCUGCAGAGCCUGCACCGGGACUUCUCCCCGCGGGCGCCGCUGCCGCGCCUAGACCGCCUGCUGCCGUCCCCGUCCCCGCCGCGUGAAGGCCCUCCUCGGUCGGUCCCCAGGCCUCCCCGCUCCGCCGCCCUGCUGGCCGGGGCAGUCUGGAGCCCGGGCCUAGCCAAGAGGCGCGUGGAGCGGACCCGGCGCAGCGGGGCCGGCCGAAGGGCGGGAAGCGUGCCUCACGAGGGAGGAGGUGGCGCCGGCACGGCGGCUGCUGUACUGGGCGGCUGGAAGCGGCUACGCGGCAUGGGCCGAGCUGAGGCCAUGGCUGCCUACCUGGCUCUGGCGGCGCAGUGUCCAGGGUUCGGCGCUGCUCGGUAUGACGUUCUGGAGCUGAGCACGGAGCCUGGUGGGGGCACUCCACAGAAGCUAUGCCUGGGCCUGGGAGCCAAGGCCAUGUCCCUCUCCCGACCGGGUGAGACAGAGCCCAUCCACAGUGUCAGCUAUGGUCAUGUGGCCGCCUGCCAGCUAAUGGGCCCCCAUACCCUGGCACUGAGGGUAGGAGAGAGCCAGCUCCUCCUGCAGAGCCCCCAGGUAGAAGAGAUCAUGCAACUGGUGAAUGCCUACUUGGCCAACCCCUCCCCUGAGAGGCCCCACAGCAGCCCUCCUCCAUGCCAAGAUCUGCCAGACACCUCCCCUCCCAGGCAGCACCCGGGCCUGGACGAGCCCCAGGGACAGUCUGGCUGCUUGGGGCAGCUGCAGGACUGAGCCUGCCAAGAGGUCAUGACCUCCUUCCUGCCUGGACCUGGAUUGCUCUGAGAUUUAAGAGAACCAUGGACCCUUUCGGCCCUGCAGGGACAGGGCACACCCCACACCCAAAGGCUGCAGUAGGUGCAGACAAUUUUCUAGUUUGUUUCUUAAUUUAUUUGUAGAAGAGAAGCAAAAAAAAAAAAAAAAAUCUUUAUUUACACAAACCCCUCCUGUGGGAAUGUUGUCUGUCAGUGGGACAAACUGGAGCCCCAUAGCUCAGAGCUCCACCCCAGGGACACCCACACUCUGGGCUUUUACCAGUACUGAGGGCACCCUGGAUACCACAGGGCUCCACCCUCUUUGACCUUCUGGAUUUAACCUCCUCUUGGCCAGUAGCUGUCUUAAGGUGGUGGGUGGGGUAGCAAGAGGGCAGCUUUGGAAGCUGGCAAUUAC